CAUCUCAACCCAACAAUGAAGGUUGUGGGUGCCCAGCUUGUUGCGGCACUUGUUGUGCUCUGCGCCGUGUGCACGCCUGUCAUCCAGGCUGUCACCUUUUCGCAGGCUGUCUCUGGCCUCGCUACCUUCCAGUCUGAGGACGGUGGCUUCUGGAACAACGACUCGGAGGCGUCGUCGGUCAAGACGACGUCGGCCGCGCUCUUCCUCGCCUCGCUCUACGGAACGCUCUCGACGAUCGACUCACCGCUUGCUGCCUCGUACCUCGAGGCUGCGUCUGUCAACGGCGGCUACGCUGCCAACGAGGUGACCAACGUCGCCGACGUUGUCUCGACCUUCCAUGCCCUCCGUGCCUACCAGCACAUGGGCGCCUCGGUUCCGCAGCCCGACGCUGUCGCCGACUUCCUCGCCUCGCUUCUCGACCAGGAGACCGGGCUCUUUGCCGCCACCGCCGGCGCCAAGGGUGACGUUGUCUCGACGGCGUACGUCUUUGCCUCGCUUGACAUUCUCUCGCGCCUCGACAUUGUCGAGCCGAUGAAGGACUCGCUCAAGUCGUACCUUGAGGAGUCGCUCGCGACCUCGGCCAAGGGCGUGUACUUUAACUUUGGCGCGUCGGACACCGUGUCGAUGGAGGACAUCCAUGCCGGCAUCCUGCUCGGCUCGUUUGUCGACUUUCCGUUUGAGGCCUACAAGUCGGGCCUUGUCGACGUCAUUGCCUCGCUGCAGAACCCGAACCCGAACCUCGGCCUGGUCGGCGGCUUCCUCGCCGCCGGCGUGCCCGGCGCGUCGGCCACCAUCCAGGCCUCGUUCCUCGCUGCCGAGUCGCUUAAGAUCAUGGACGCCGACGUCGCCGAGUCGGUCUACCUCCCGGCCCUACUCAAGGCCUGCCGUUCCCGCGCGUCGGGCCUUGCCGACGCCGCCGCCAGCCAUGCCAUUGUUGCGCUCACGGGCUCGUUCGAGGCCUUUGUUGCCACCCGCGUCGGCUUCAACGCGCUCAACGCCGCCCCCAAUGGCGAUUCGAUGAUCCAGGGCACCCAGUUCCAGCCCUUUGUCACCGUCACCGCUGCUGACGGCGUCCCGGUCAACGGCCUCGAGGUCGAGAUCUACGUCACCCUCCCCGGUGCCGCCCGCGCCGUCCACGAGCUCGCCUACUCGGCUGUCUCGGCGGCCUACACUGGCCACGACACCAUCGAUACCGCCGGCCUCCUCGGCCAGGCCUCGCUUGAGUUCUCCGUCUCGAAGCACGUCGCUGGCAUUGGCCAGAUCGCCUGGGCCGGCUCCGAGUCGGCCUCGAUCGGCUACGGCCUCGAGGUUACCGGCGCCGUCACCUACGGUGCUUCCGACGUUGCCGAGGGCGAGUCGGUCGGCGACGGUGUCGCCUUUGACUACCAGCUCCGCCUCUUCAACGUCACCCACGAGGACCUGCGCGUCGGCGACUUUGCCGUCGCCUUCCAGCUCCGUGACGCUUCCGGUGUCGCCGUCGCCUCGCUCGCCUACGACGGUGCGUCGGCCUCGGGCGACGACGCUGUUGCCUUUGCCACCGAGCUCUCGGGCGUCGCCGUCCCCACUGGCGCCCUUGAGGCCGUGUUUGAGGUCGCCGACGGUGCUGGCCUUGUCCACACCUCGGCCGUCAAGUCGUACAAGUACGUCUCGUCCAUGGUCGCCUCGUCCGUGACCGUCAAUGGCAUCGCCGCCUCGGCUGCCUCGGCUGUUCACAAGCUUGCCCUCGGUGACGUCCUCACCGUCGCCAUGGAGCCGGCUGCCAUGCCCGACAUGCGCACCCUCGUCCACUUUGACCACUCGUCGGCCGCCGCCGCCCGCACCUUUGUCUUCCAGCUCACCACCGAGGACGGCGCCGUCGUCGCGUCGGUCGAGGGCACGCCCUCGUCCGGCUCGUCCGGCUCCAACGUCAAGGUUGCCUUUGAGCUCGAGAUCCCCACCUCGCUCUCGCUCGUCGGCACCCACCUCGUCAAGUUUGCCUACGUCGACGCUGCCGGCAACGCCGUCGAGCUCGACAACUACGACUCGGCCGAGGCUGCCCUCUGGGAGGACGCUUCGCCGCUCUCCGUCGCCGUCCCGGUCCACCUCGAGAUGUCCUCGGCUGAGGGCGCGCCCACCAAGAAGGACUUUUACUACGGCAACGUCGUCGAGUUUGAGUUUACUGUCGUCGACACCCUCUCGGGCAAGUCGCUCUCUGCCGCCGACGUCGCUUCCGCUGUCGCCGACGACGCCGUCGCCCCGGGCAUGUACCUCGUCAUCUCCCACGAUGACGCCGUCCGUGCCGGCCGCCGUUUCGUCUCGGUCCGCGAGCGCGCCACCGCCCGCGACGCCGCCGACGGCUUCGCCAUCUCCUGGACCAUUAACCCCAACGCUGUCCAGGGUGACGGCAUCCUCGAGGUCGCCGCCUACGACGCCGCUGGCACCCAGCUCCCGGUCUACAAGCCCAACUCGGAGAACAAGGUCGAGUACCCCAUCGUCAUCGGCGGUGAGAUCAAGGUCACGUCGGAGCCGUACUCGUUCGACGCCGAGCGCCGCGACACCACCGUCUUUGUCUCCGAGUUCUCGCUCGGCUGCCAGGGCAAGAAGCUCGCCAACGCCCAGCUCCGCUGCUCCGUCUUCAAGGUCGUCGACGGCGCCAAGGCCGAGCUCUUCCAGGUCCCCGUCGCCCUCGGUGCCUCCAACGACGCUUACCAGGUCUCCUUUGCCGUCCCCACCCCGGACGCCGCCGGCGACUACGAGCUCGCCUUUUACCGCGAGGUCGACCGCGUCCGUGCCGCCGAGCAGGCCGACCACGCCGCUCGCGCCGCCGCUCGCGCUGGCACUGACUUUGACCCGGCCUCCAUCCCGGCCGUCGAGCCCAUGUUCUCCAUCGCUGUCAACCACGCCGGCAGCUCGCCCUUCCAGCUGCCGGUUCGCACCGAGUUUGUCGCCUUUGUCAUCGCCUCGGCCAUCUUUGCCCUCAUCGCCUCGCGCCGCCACAACAUGUAAAGCCCCCUGAGCGCGCC